AAGGACUGCGCUGCUUUGCAGAUGAGUGUUUGAAAGUGAACAGCCAAUUUAACAAGAAGCAAAACCACAGAACAGUCAACUCACAUUUCUUAACGAAAUCAGUCAGUCUCUGCCUACUAUCCUCUCCCACCAUCUGUGUUCUUUUUAUUUAUUUCUCAGAUGCUGCUACAGUAGAUAACCUGAUCAAUCUCCGAAGAACUCAGGAGGAAGGGAAGCCUUGUGCUUGAGCAACUUUUUCUACAAUCGAUAUGUAAAGGGGAUGAAGACAUUGCCUGCCAUGCUUGGAACUAGGAAACUGUUUUGUGUCUUCUUCCUGAUCCUAUAUCUGGGCCUCCAGAGCAUCCAUGAAAGCAUACUAAUUUAGAAGAUCUACUAUAGACCAUUCUUUGUGAAACGAAGGAGAAUAAUGUCAGUGCUAUACCACAAUUGGAGUACGGAGAGGAGUCAUGUGCUGUAGAACUUCGUAUUAGGAGAAAUUCAGAGCACACUGUUGCGGCAAGAACUUUUUUUAAAAUGGAAUGUCCUGUGAGAUACUGUGGUCACAGACCUAAUGUGACGUGGUGCAAGUUGAACGGAGCAGACUGUUUCCUUCCCGAGGACAGAUUUCGGAUACGCACAAGUUGGGAAGAAAGAUUCAAUAAGUCGAUUUUUAUGUUACAUUUUGAACUAGUGCUUCCAAGUGACAAUGGCUCAUACCGCUGUUCUGUGAAUGCCUCGUCUCAUGUAAUUCAUUCCCACUCAAUAACCAUCCACGUGACAGUACCGGGGAUCAAACUCACGACUGCCUGCUUGCAAGAACAGGCUCAAAAUAAUUCAGAACACGCUCUAACAAAUACAACCAGUGUCUCAGAACCACCCUCCAAAGAAGAGAUGGCGGAUGUGCUACGGCUCCUGUACAAUCUGCUUCCUUUGGGGGGAUUUCCUCUGCUCGUCAUUGCCUGUUUUUGCCUGUUCUACUGCCUGAAAAGGCACCAAGGGAAAAGGAAGAAGACUUCUGAUAUGGCAGAAAGGGAAAGUAAUCUGGGUAAUGUUAUCCAGCCCCUGACGUGUGAGCCAACGGAAGUGAACACCAGGCAGAAUUCCCAAACACCACCACUGGAAGCUGAAAUGCACGACAGUGACCCCUGGUUCAGGACACAGGAAGGAUCUGAAGUUUAUUCUAAUCCACACCUGGAGGAAAAUAAACAAGUCAUUGUUUAUGCUUCCCUGAACCAUUCCAUUAUCAGAAUGAACCCAAGACAGGCAAGCAAUGUGAAAGAAGCACCAACAGAAUAUGCAUCUAUAUGUGUGAGGAGUUAAGUUUGGUCUUGAUACCAGGCGGGGACCACUGAAGGAUCAGAGCGUCAACACCAUUCUCUCACCUGAACAGGACAACCAAUAAUAUGCUUCAGCUUGGCGGAUUCUCACUUUAGAGUGGUUCUUGUUGGUGCUUAGAUUUUAAGGGUCCAAAGAAGGUAUAAUUAAAAUUUUCCUGAAAACUUCUUUAGGAACUUCUGUACUAUAGCAUUGGACAACAAAGUAUUUUGUUGUAGGGCAUUUAAUGUUAGCUAUAUUUUACCUAAUAUAUCCACUCAGUAUUUCAUUUGGAGCUACCAGAGAGACCCAAUAAAAGAGGUUUGUGUUAUCUUCAUCAGUUCACUACACACUCUUUAAAAAUAAAGGAUGUCUUAAUUUGACUAUAGGUACAGUGAUGAUUGUAUGUUUACAGUCUGUCUUCCAUAAUGGGAAAACUUCUUAUGUCAUUCUCAGGCUAGUAUUUCUUAGAUAUAAAGAAAAAUUAGUAUACACUUAUCUAAGAAGAGGAAAAGAAUAACUGUUACAGAUAUACACAUCAGAGUACAGAUAUGAAACACAUUGACUGGAUGUGGGGCAGAUGUGCUUCCCAUGCCUGACAAACAAAUUUUUAUAUCUGUUCUGUUAGGUUGGAAAGCAAAUAUAGUUAAUAAUGGAGCAAAGAAUGUAAAGUAGAUUUAUGAGCAGAGGGGUAGCUCAGUAUUUGAGUGACACAGACUAAUGUAUAUGAAUGUGACAUAAUGCUGCUGGAUGAAUAUCCUUGUGGACAUCUGAAUACAGCAUACAAACCAAGGAGGAAAAGUAUUACUGGACCCGUACAGAUUCAACUUUUAAAUUGCCUCAUGUUUGACCUGAUAACAAAUUAAAAGGACAAUUAAUGAAAUGGAAAAGAUUUCAGACUAUUUAGUUGGUCAGCAGGGGUCCACAUAAUUUAAAAGACAGCAGCAUCUUGUUUUUCUAAGAAAUCAGAGCAAAUCAAGUAUAGUGAAGUCUUACAGUUUGAUAAUCAUUCAUUUUAAAAUACUGGCAUGGCAGCCACUUAGGAGAUAGUUUUGAAUUUUCUGAAUUUCUGGAAUACUUGUGUCUAAUUAUUUCGAAUAUAAUAUACGACUUGGUUUAAAAACUUGAGGCUAGUAUUCUCAGGAGCUGCUGCUUAGUAAUGCAGUUGUCCUCGUACAAAGUAGAUGACAAAAGUUAGGAGUCACUUGAACAAAUACAGAAGCUGCUGAGCAGAUGAAUGUGAUCUGUGAGUGUGCAAGUGUGUACAUGUGUUAGUGUAUAAAAGGGGUAAAUGACUUAGGGAAUGGUACACGGGAAACUGAUCAAAUUUUCAGUUUGCUCAGGAAAUGUAAAGUAGUAGAAUAAAUGAGUCAUUAUAGAAGAGAAUGAGAAAUAAUGAGAGUAAGAAUGUGCAUAGACAACACACACACGUGCACACACACACAAGCCAAAACUAAGUGUUUGGUGUGAAGCUUUCUUAAAUAAUGCUUAGGUGAAGUUUUAGUUCCUUGGAUUUGGGGCCGCAGAUACUGUUUCUGAGUCAGUGUUAUCAAUUCAGCAUCAUCACACCUAGAAUUCUAAAGCAACAGAUUCUAGGUAGGCUGCUGUAACCUAGCUUCAUCUGUGGGCAAGUUAUGUAAAAGAGAUAUUAGAAUAGCUGCUCACUGUGUUUUUAAAAAUAGAAACAGGAAGCAUGAGAGGAAAUGCGUAGCUACCCUCUUAUCGGAUAACACCUAAGUGAGUUCUUUCAUAAUCACUUCUAAUUUAAAAGAUGAGUAUUUCUGUCUACUGUGUUUGGAAAUGCUUAACAUGUUUUACAGCAAAAGAUAAUAUUGGUAAUGAUUUCACCUCUGUAAGUGACUCACUAUGUUUGUACAAAACUUGUAAAAAUCAUGUGGUUUAUGGUUUUAUUUUUUCUUAAUCAUGUCAUAGAUACAGAUGCUGUUUCCCCAAAUAAAUCUAUUCAGCAUUGUU